AUGGAGCUGUUGGAGGACAAACUAGACGAUAUCUCUCUCACUGCGUGGGAAGAAUCUAUUGCUACUGACAAUGAACCCACCUUCACAAAGAUGAUUGAGUUCCUCCAAAGGCGAGCGCGCAUAUUGGAGACGAUCUCGAUCAACCGUCCACACCACAACCAGAUGAAGUCAGUGAGUCAGUCUUCUGCCUUAAAGCGUCCCAGUCAACCUUGCGUGAGUACUAACGCAGCUACUGAAGCUUUACCGAAAGCAUUUCCGCUGUGCCCUGCCUGCGAGAAGCAGAAACAUUCGUUGUACGACUGCCCCGCUUUCAACAGCUUGGAUCCGAAGAAUCGUUUAAAGGUCAUAACACAGAAGAAGUUGUGCAGCAACUGCUUUCGAAGCGAUCAUUUUGCUCGCACGUGUCGAUCGAAGUACAGCUGCAAGCAAUGUUCGAAACGCCACCACUCUAUGAUUCACCCCGGACCAUAUGAACUCAAUUCGACGAUUACCGAAGAUAAUACCGCAUCACGAUCAUCCAUAGCUGUAACUGCCAAUCCAGGUCCUUCGAACGUUCUCACUGUCGUUUCUUCUGGUCCCAACGACGGGCCCUCGUCUACGAAGGCUGUAUUCCAAUCAGCUAGCGUUCUUCUGACCACAGUAGUAGUGAUCGUAGUAGACGCUUACGGUCAAGAACACGUCGCCCGUGCCUUGUUGGAUACUGGAUCCCAGCCGAAUGCGAUUAGCGAACGACUUUGCCAGCAACUUCACCUGAGCCGUAGGUCUGUCAACGUGCCAAUCGCUGGCGUAGAUGGGGCUGUUACGAGCGCCAAGCACGAAGUGACUGCCAAAGUUCGAUCACGCGUGUCCAACUUCCGUGAAGUACUUGAUUUCCAGGUGUUGCGGAAAGUGACCAGUGACACUCCAUCCGUACCAUUCAAUGUGGCUGAAUUGAAGCUUCCCGACGAUCUAAUUCUAGCCGAUCCCGACUUUGGCACUCCUAGAAGGGUAGAUUGGUGCUGCUCACUUCUACUCUUUCUUGCGGAAUGGCCGGUUCCAUCUCCCAAGUCUUCUGUUCGUCGAAACCGUAUUUGGAUGAAUUGCGAUGAGUCCCGCGAGCAUUCCCAGCAGCCGACAGCAACUUGUCAUGCGGCGACAGUUGUACCAGUCGAUGAACUGCUGCAGCGAUUUUGGCAGAUUGAAGAUGUAAGCGGCUCAAGCUACUCGGUCGACGAGCAAAAAUGUGAAGAUUUCUACCAGGAGACUGUUUCCCGUGAUCCCUCCGGACGAUAUGUUGUUCGAAUGCCCAAGCAUCCCGAAUGCGAUCAGAUGAUCAGUGAAUCAAAGACCAAUGCGCUGCGACGUUUGAAGUGGUUGGACAAUAGACUGGAGAAGGAUGAAGAACUGAAGACUCAGUAUCACGCUUUCAUGGACGAGUACAUCAGUCUCGGCCAUAUGGUUCCCGCUCUUGAUGACAACGAGAAUAGUUCAACCAGUUGCUAUCUUCCGCACCAUCCCGUGGUAAAGCAAUCGAGCACGACGACCAAGGUUCGAGUUGUGUUCGAUAGCUCAGCAAAAACUAGCACCGGGCAUUCUCUCAACGAUGCGCUGCUAGUUCGGCCAGUGGUUCAGCACGACAUUCUGGACAUUCAUCUACGUUUCCGGAUGGUCAUGAUCGCAGUAGUGGCGGAUGCGGAGAAGAUGUACCGGCAGGUACUGAUGCAUCGUGCAGAUCGUUCGUUGCAGACGAUUCUAUGGCCACCCAGCAGUAGUGGAUCCGUUCAAGCUUAUGAGCUGUGUACCGUUACUUAUGGACUCGCACCAUCUUCGUUUCUGGCCACGAGGACCCUGUUGCAGUUGGUGGAAGAUCAUGGCAGUGAAUUCCCGAAAGCAAGCAAGGCUCUUCGAAAGAAUGUGUACGUGGACGACUUCAUUUGUGGCGAGAACACAAUCAAGGAUGCAAUCCAACUACGCACGGAGUUGACGGAGCUGUUGCAAAAGGGCGGUUUUCGUUUCCGAAAGUGGUGUUCGAACUCCCUACCGGUCUUGGCUGGUCUUCCUCAAUCUUCUGUAAAAUUCGGCCCCGAUGAGACCAUCAAAACCCUUGGCAUCAGUUGGGAACCUGAGGCGGACGUUUUCAAGUUUUAUACGACAAUCGUAAUCGAUAAUCAAACACCUACGAAGCGCACCAUUUUUCAGCUAUCGCUCAACUGUAUGACCCUCUCGGAAUCAUAUCACCCGUCGUAG